UGGCAGAGGUUUGGAACCUUCUUAUUAGUCCAUUAUUGCUGUGUUCACGCGCUAGUCGAAACUUGAAAAUGUCCGACUUGCUAAUUGGUUGAACACGACGUGUACAAUAACUACAACCAGUUAGCAAGUCGGAAAUUUCAGAGUUCCUACUAAUAACUAAUUUACUGCAUGGUGAUGUCACCAUGGAAGGCCAAAACUCCAUCCCACAAAAACAGGCUGAGAUUUCAAGUGGUCUUUUCAAACUGCUCUCUCACUAAAAGGGAAAAUUAUGAAAAGGCUCAAUUUCACAGUAUUAUUUCAACCUCAGAGUGGAAAUGUACAUAAAACAUAGACAAAUCAUGUUUUUGACUGCACUGGACCUUUAAGGUUGGCUAUUUUCUUGUUUUGACACAUGAUGUUGAGUGUCAUUGUUCUAAUUCAUGAGACCAUGAGUGUGUUAUUCGGAGACUGAAAAUGGGUUAUUUAUAUGUGGGCUGUUCAUUGCCUGUUGGUCCUCUGUGGAUCACUAUAGUUCGUUUUAGAAGUUUUCCAACUGUUUGGGUUACAGAUAAACAGAUCCAGACUUUGACCUCUGUCUGUUUAAAACCAGCCUGACUACUGAGCAUCACACACAUUCUGACACACAGACUUCUGAUCGUUUGCCUGCCUUUCAGAACCUCUGGACUGAACCAUGAGUUCUUGCGUGACCCUGUCGUCAGGGCAUAAGAUUCCCCUGGUGGGGCUGGGCACCUGGAAGAGUGCCCCUGGACAGGUGAAGCAGGCGGUGCUGACGGCUCUAGACUGUGGCUACAGACACAUUGAUUGUGCUGCUGCGUACAGUAAUGAGCAGGAGGUCGGGGAGGCACUGGCUCUGAGGCUGGGACCAGGAAAGGCCCUGCGUCGUGAGGCUGUAUUUCUGACCUCUAAGCUGUGGAACACCCAGCAUCACCCUGACGAUGUAGAGACAGCCUGUAGGAAGAGUCUAAUACACCUGGGACUGAACUACCUGGACCUCUACCUCAUGCAUUGGCCCAUGGCCUUCCAGCGUGGGACAGAGCUGAUGCCUAAGCGGGCCGAUGGGAGUGUGUGUUACGAUGACAUACACUACCAGGAAACCUGGGUUGCCAUGGAGAGCCUGGUUGAUAAGGGGCUGGUCCGAGCCAUCGGUCUGUCCAACUUCAACGCCAGACAGACAGACGAUAUCAUCAGCAUCGCCAAACACAAGCCUGUAGUCAACCAGGUGGAGUGUCACCCAUACCUGUCCCAGGCUGAGUUGCUGAGUCACUGCAGGUCGGUAGGUGUAUGUGUGACGGCCUACAGCCCCCUUGGUAGCGGUGACAGGCCCUGGGCCUCGCCUGAUGAACCCUGCCUGCUGCAGGACCCUGGACUGGGGGCUAUCGCCCUCCGCCACAGCAUGACCCCUGCUCAGGUCAUACUCAGGUGGCAGGUACAGAGAGGGGUAGUCUGCAUCCCCAAAAGUGUCACCCCCUCCAGGAUCCAGCAGAACAUACAGGUGUUUGACUUCUCUCUAUCGGAUGAAGACAUGAAGCAGAUGGAGUCAUUCAGCAGAAACGAGAGGUACAUCGUCCCAUCUGUGGAGAGGGACGGAAAGAGAGUGUGGAGGGACGCAGAGCACCCCCAUUUCCCCUUCAAUGAGCCGUACUGACCCCACAUCUAGACACAGAUCUACUGACCCCACAUCUAGACACAGAUCAACUGACCCUACGACGAGACAGAUCUAAUGACCCCACAUCUAGAGACAGAUCUACUGACCCCACAUCUAGAGACAGAUCUACCGGCCCCACAUCUAGAGACAGAUCUACCGACCCCACAUCUAGACACAGAUCUACCGGCCCCACAUCUAGAGACAGAUCAACCGACCCCAGAUCUCGACAUUAUUUAUGAGAGGUAUUGACAUGUUGAAUGCGCCGAGGUGUCUGUCUAAACUACUGGCACACAGCUCCGACACCCA